AUGCCUUGUGUGCCCACUCAGCGACCGCUCAAGGUGCUCUUGACAGGCUUCGGGCCGUUCCGCACACACGAGACGAAUGCCUCAUUCGAGAUCGUGCAGCGGGUCGUGGCCGAGUCGACGAGAUUAGAGGGGGUCGAGCUGGUCGGCCAUCCGGAGCCGGUCCGGGUGAGCUAUACGGCCGUCGACGCGCUCCUCACGCAGCUCUACCAGACCCACCCCGGGCUCGACUUGGUGAUCCAUACCGGCAUCGCCGGCUCCCUCCCUCGGGCCCACUUCUUGCUCGAGAAAAUCGCCCAUCGCGAGCACUAUCUCCACCCUGACGUCGACGGCUUCGUCCUCGACUCGUUCGCCAAUCUUCCUACACACAACCAUUCCAGCCCUGGUCCCCUCUCUUUAUCGUCUUCUGUUGAUCUCCUUCCGCUCCUUCAAAAUGUCACCGAUCAGAUCUCCGAGCCGAUCGAUCUCAAAGUAUCCGAGAACGCGGGCCGAUACUUGUGUGAAUUUAUAUACUACUACUCCUUACAAAGAUUCGAGAAAAGUACGCCAAGGAGCUCCAAUGUGGAGGAAGAAACAGAAGAGAGAGAAGAAGAUCCGGUCCAACUACGACGCCCGGUUUUAUUUGUUCAUCUCCCCCCACUAUUGAACCCGUUUGACAUCCGUCUCGGUGCCCUCGUCCUCCAAACUAUCAUCCUUCAAAUCCGCGCCCUUCAUUUCCCUUCGCGGUAA